AUGCGGGCCAGCAACUGGACGGCCAUCGCGCUCAAAGCAGCCAGAGAUGGCUUGAAGAGGGACAAUGAUUGCAUCCACGAUCAGUCCCUGAUGAACUCGAUUCAUCUUCAUCGUUCUCCAGAUGAAGGUUUGAGCCCUAUGAAGACAUUGCCGUGUCGAUGGAUGCUGGUGCCGGCCACAGACUGGCAGAUGUUUUGGAACAGCCCGGAGAUGGUGCUUCCAGAGGUGCGCGAACGACGCCGCUAUCCGGGACUCGUAUCAGCAAGCCACUUCGAGGUGUUUUGCCCAGACCCCCUCGAUUUGUUGAGCGGAUGGACCUUCUUGUUGUCCACAAGCGACACGGCCAGACGCCUGCGCACCAUGUCGAUCUUGAAGGGGACGCAGCGGCUAACGCAGUGCUCCCGGGAUGGAACUGCGGGCUUUGUUCAUCCGCGGGAUGUGCCACGCUCAAGAUGUUGCCAUUGCUCUGAAAGAGUUUCACUGGUGCACAUCCCGGGUGAUAUGAAACAGUGGGCCUUUGUUGACAUUCUCUUCCGCUAUCACUCCCCGUUCACUGACUGGGAUGAGAAGGAGCUUCAAGCCUCGCUCACCCGAAAGUUGUGGCAGAAGGAGGCUCGCUUUGCACAGCAGAGCCAGGAAGUGCAGAAGUCUGCUGGCCGAAUGGCAGAGCUCUAUGGGGGCGAGGUUUGCUUCAAACGUCAAGAGAAGCGGUGUUGCACUGCACACAAUGCCGUGAGAAAGGAAAUGAAGGUCUUGUACAAGACUUUGAACAUGAAGCCUUUGCCACCACCGUUUCGUUUGGAGGUAGAGUCCAACGCUCCUGCUGAUGGCCACAUGCUUAUUGGCACAGGGCCCUGGAACUCUCUGGAGAUCAUCUUCGGUGCCAACGGUGCCUCCUUCUCUGCCAUUCGGUGGCUCUCCAGUGGAAACCCUACUCCCUUGACAGCCUUUGACGGCAGCCCUCAAAAGGAUGCGCAGCAGCUGCAUAUGACCCCCUGGAAGGUCCAGGUCCAACUGGACGAGGAUCCAUGA